AUGCAUGCCACGACGUGGAAGAACACGGAACUCUUGGGUUCUGCUGAAGAAUGCCAUAUUUUAUCCAGAAUGUUCUUUUCUUGGGUUUAUCCAUUGAUGUCAAAUGGUUUCAAAAAUCGUCUGAGGAAGUUAAAUGACUUAUUCGAUUUGCCAAUUAAGUUGCAAACCUUGUGUAUCUUUGAAGCUUCUUCAAAAAUUUGCACAAACGUUUCACUGGGAAGUCAAAUAACGGAGCCCCAAAUUGUUGUGGGAGUGAGAAAAGCAUUUCAUUUAUUUGGAGAAUUGCAUAAACAUUUUGCAUGCGAGUUUUAUUUGAUAGGAAUCUUGAAAUUUAUGUCAGACUUUUCAUCUUUUUGUGGACCAAUUUUAUUAAAUGCCAUUGUGUCAUUGAUCGAAAAUGCUGGGAUCAUGAAUGAAAUUCUAAGUGGAAUAAGAAUUAUAAAAGUGAAUACUUGGGAAGCUUUGUUUUACAACAAAGUAAAUGCUACAAGACAUGAGGAAAUGAAGUACUUAAAGAAGAGGAAGUAUUUAGAUGCUUUGUGUGUGUACUUCUGGGCUACAACUCCUGUUAUUAUGUCGUAUUUGACAUUCACAUUGUUUUCUGCUCUGGGCUAUGAGUUAACUGCUGCCAGGGUUUUUACUAGCAUAGCACUUUUUCAUAUGUUGAUCAUGCCUUUAAAUGCUUUCCCGUGGGUCUUAAAUGGGCUGAUGGAGGCUUGGAUUUCUCUUAAACGAGUGAAUUCAUUCCUACAAUUACCAAAUUUUGAUUACCACUGCUAUUAUUCCAUGCCAAUCAGUGAAGAUAUAAAACUAGAAGUUUCUGAUGCUAAGUUUGUGCAUUCAAAUAUAAACAAUUCUUCAAUCCAAUCUCUAGAUGAUGCGGGAGAAGAAUUAUCUAAGCAACCUUUUUAUUGCGGCCCUAUUAAUUUGAGGUUAAUGCAAGGUUCUUAUAUUUGCAUUAUUGGUAAAGUUGGGUCUGGCAAGUCCUCCUUCCUGUCUAGUAUUUUAGGGGACAUGAAUUGCAUUUCUGGAUCAGUUGCCUUUCAUGAUUCAGAAAGAAUGAAUGGAAUCGGUUAUGUGUCGCAAGAGCCAUGGAUCCAACAAAAGUCCGUGAAGGAUAAUAUUCUAUUUGGCAAGAACAUGAAUACUAUGAGAUAUAGGAAAGUAUUGGAGGUCUGUGCGUUAUUGGGUGAUCUUGAGACUUUUCCAUAUGGUGACAAUACUAUAGUUGGUGAUAAAGGAACUACAUUAAGUGGUGGACAGAAGGCUCGAAUUGCUCUUGCUAGAGCAGUUUAUCAGGAUUUUGAAAUUUACCUUUUGGAUGAUCCAUUUUCAGCUGUUGAUGCUCAUGUUGCCGAACAUAUUUUUUCUAACUGCAUUAUGGGUCUACUGAAGAAUAAAACUCGAAUCUUGUGCACUCAUAAAAACAAAUUUGCAGAGAAUGCUGAUCACUUAGUUGUUUUCUCUGGUGGAAAAGUAUCUAUGCAAGGGCCACCUCAACAAAUAAUGCAGCUGCAUUUUAUGGAUUUGAUUGAUGACAGUACAGAAGAAGCUACAAAUGUUCUUAGCAAAGCAGUUGAAAAAACUACUGAAGAUAAGGAGCACAUUAUUGUUGAAGAAGAAAAAAAGGAGGGUGUGGUGGAAUUCCAUGUCAUUCAUUCCUAUUGGAAAGCAGUUGGGUCCAUUUUGUCAAUUUCAGUACUGAUAUUUUGCUUUUUAAUGCAAGCAUCAAGAACACUUUGUGACUGGUGGCUUUCUUUCUGGGUAUCAAAUACGUCUACACAUAACUGGAAUUCAUCAUUAAGUUCCCAUUAUUGGCUGACAUCUGAAGCUAAUCAAUCUCACUCAUUGAGAUUCUACCUUGGUGUUUACGGAGGACUGGCUGCAUCAAAUAGCGUAUUUACAUUGUUCCGUGCAUUCUUAUUUGCUGUAGCUGGUCUUGGAGCUGCUGUAUCUUUGCAUGACAAACUGCUGAAAACUAUCUUGAAUGCAACUACGUGCUUUUUUGACACUACUCCUCUUGGAAGAAUAAUCAACAGAUUCUCUUCAGAUAUUUACUGUGUGGAUGAUACAUUGCCAUUUCAACUAAACAUACUUCUUGCUCAAGUAUUUUCAUUGAUAGGAUCCCUUGUGAUUACCUGCUAUGGUCUGCCAUGGAUUUUGAUCCUUUUUUCGAUUUUGACUGUGAUAUAUUUUAAGAUUCAAAAAUACUAUAGGCAUACUUCAAGAGAGCUUAAACGACUUUCUAGUAUUAGCUUAUCUCCUAUCUAUGCUCACUUCUCUGAAACACUGAAUGGCCAUUCAACCAUUAGAGCCAUGAGUGGAACUGCUCGGUUUCAGAGAGAAAACAUGGUUUGUGUUGAUUCAAACAUACGAGCAGUUCUAUCUACUGCAGCUGCAUCUCAGUGGUUAAAUUUGAGACUUCAGUUCAUCGGAGUUAUCAUUGUAACUGGAGUAGCCUUAAUUGCAAUGUGGCAAAAUCAACUUGGUGGUGUUGAUGCAGGGUUAGUAGGUCUUGCAUUGUCUUAUGCUCUUUCAAUUACAUCACUUUUAAAUGGCACUGUGACUGCAUUCACUGAAACAGAGAAGGAGAUUGUAAGUGUUGAAAGAGUUAUGCAGUUCAUCGAAGAGAUUGACACAGAGUCUGAUGAUUAUUGUCAGAUGCCUCCAUUUGCAUGGCCUUCUCAUGGUGUGAUUACUUUCACCGCUGUAAGCCUAAAAUACAGACCAGACUGUCCAUAUGCUUUGAAGAAUGUUUCAUUUGAGACAAGACCCUGCGAGAAAAUUGGGAUUGUUGGUCGUACCGGAUCAGGAAAAUCCAGUUUGAUACAGGUUUUAUGUAGGAUGGUCAACUUCUUUGAAGGAGCUGUGUUUAUUGAUGGUGUCAAUAUUUCGAAUUUAGAGCUCAAAAAACUGAGAUCAAAAUUAUCAAUUAUUCCUCAAGAUCCAUUUUUAUUCAGUGGUACUGUGCGUGAAAAUCUGGAUCCUAAUUUUCUUCGCAGUGAUGCAGAAAUCUGGAAAGCAUUACGUUUUUGCCACAUGGAGGAAAAAAUACAUUCUGUUGGUGGCUUAGGAAGUGAAAUGAAAGAGAAAGGAGAAAACUUUAGCAUUGGGGAGAGACAGUUGUUUUGUUUGACACGAUCUCUCCUCCAAAGAGCAAAGAUCCUCUGCAUGGAUGAAGCUACAGCAAGCAUCGAUUACCAAACUGACAGCUUGAUCAGGCAGACAGUAAGAAUGGCAUUUAGACAUUCCACAGUGUUAAUCAUUGCUCAUCGUGUAGAAAGUGUUAUGGACUGUGAUAGAGUUUUAGUCAUGAAAGAGGGAGAGAUUUUGGAAAUAGGCCAGCCUUCGGAUCUGUUAUCCAAUCCUAAAUCAGCUUUUUACUCUCUCGUCUAUCGGACAAACAACUGAAUGUGCUUAAAAAGCAUUGUUAUUUGUUAAAUGUGUGCUCAAUUGAACUUGGUUAAUGUAAAGUAGCAAGAAUGUCUAUUGCUUACAUUAGCCAAUGUUCGUAAAAUCUAUGAAGGUUUGUAGAGAAUUUGGCAAUUCAAUGGAAAACACAGAAAAAAAGUUAUAAACUGCAACAACCCAUUUACAUACAAAAUUGAAUUUUGAAAUGGAAGAUAUAAUUUACACUGGACAUGGACAUGUUUACUGCAGCGGCAAUUAUGGCAAAUGCCCAGGGUCAUGCAUUAGUAUUUGAGAAAACUGAUAAAUCUUCUUAUGCAUUUAUAACAGCAAGUUUACUUUUCUUUGACGACAUUUUUUGAAAAUAGUCAAUGGUUGACUUGAAAAAGGAGAUAUUUGUGUUCUUGACACAUUGCAGUGCUGUUUUACUAGAGAUCAUAGUACCUAUAUUAUCUUAUAUCUAUCCAGAUAUUUGGAAGAAAUUUAUUUUUUUUUGAUACAGUAGAGAAUCAAUUAUGGAGGAAGUUCGGGACCAUCACUAUCUAAAUUUUCCGGUUUUCUGGAUAGCCAAAAAAAAAAAAAAAAAAAAAAAAAACGCUGUUUGCUGAUUGUUUAUACAACUUGAAUCAGAACAAUAAAUAGUUAUGCAUGUGAAAAUGAAAAGAAGACAGCUAAAGAAAAUGAUUUUAAAUUUGGAAAUAUUAAAAUGAAGAACCAUUUAAAUGCCAGAAAAUUUAAAACAUUCACAAGACUUGAAAAGAAAAAAAAAAUUACCCCAGUUUUUGGAAAUGAAAACUUUAAAAAGAAUGAAAACAAAAUUUUUAAAUUUUGUUUAUGAGCAGAAAAGUUCGAUUUUUAUGGUAGGGUAUGAAAAAGAAUUUGUUUUGUAAACACGAUUUUAGGUUUUGUUUUCUUAAUCACAACACUAGUUUAUUUUACAUUAAGUUAAUAAGAAUGAAAAUUUGCUUUUUAAAUUCUUGUAGCCUUAUUACAGCCAUUUAAAAAGUUAAUAAAACAAUCUCUACAUUCCAUGCACUCAGCUAUACAGAAAAUUCGUAAAUCUGAGUCUGCGUUUCUGCAUUUUUCAUAUUAUCACUUUUGCACCUAUAUGUUAGCCCUCAUACAACUAAAAAAAAAUGCAUUAGAAUGGCAUCAGCAGUGCUGUAGUUGGGGAGAGGGACAAAGUAGAUGCAGUACCUUGAAAGAUGUUUUUCUUUUUAUUGAAAAAAUAAUGCAGAUAUAAUGUAAAUUUGUUUUUAAACCACCUUUUCUUUUGGUGAGUCUCCCCAAACAAUUGUUACUAGCUACAGCAUUAUGAAUCAGCAAUCAUUUCUUUUGUGUUCAGUUGGAAUAAAAAUAGAGGAAAGGCCAGAUUUUAGAGUGUUUUUUUCAGGUUUCGCUUAGGAGAAAUUUUGAAAAUUUUGCCAUGCAUGUGCGAACUCCAACUUUGUACCCUGUAUUUCUCUAAAUUUCUUAAAUCAUAUGUGUGUAUACACCGUAUCCAAAAAAAAAAAAAAAAAAUUUUCUGAUGAUUUGAAAAAAAUAAUCUCACCAUCAAAAAUGGGCAAAAAUAUGUAUUUUGUUUUAAAUAAGGGGAAAAUUGAGGAGUUUUCUCACUGUUCUAGAUCUUGUGUUAUGGAUUCUGUACUAUACUUUUUUUUUUUCUUAUUGUCAAAAUAAUAUUUAAACGAGGCCCCAAUGAAAUGUCUGCCCAAGGGUCCCAUACUGCCAUAAUCAGGCCCUGAAUUUACAUAUUUUCAAAAUUUCAAUUUUACUGAAGCAUAAACAAAACAUUCAACACUAUUAAAAAGGGGGAAAAGGUUUCAUUUAAGAUCGUUGUUGUAGCAUUUUGACUUUUACAAGUCUCUGCUUAUUAAUUUUUCAAAUUUUCUCGGGGUGCCGUAGAAAGAGGCAAGGGGUGCCGCAACAUUUCCGCAGUAUGAAUAUAUACAUGUAAUCUGGGUGGGGGAAAAAAAGGACAUGUAGAUGAGAAAGAUCAUCCGACACCCCAUUUUUUGAUGUGGCACAACAAAAAUUUGCUGGAUUUCGGCUUCGUUGUCCUCAAAAAGCCUAACUGAUGAUAAAGCGUUAUCAAAAAACAUAUUUUAAUUACCACAUAAAGUGUGAUGUGUCACCUGAUCUUAUUUUAUAUGAUUACUGAUCUUUUUUUAGCAAGUUUCAUUUCUUCGCAAUUCACUAUGGUUUAAUGGUAUAAAAAUUAUUAAGUUCUUGGUUAAAAGUUCUUGAAACUCAAUUUAUCUAGUUGACUAUUUGAAAAAGAAAAAUGUCUUUCCAUUAUUUAUCCCGUGAUUUGAUAGCCCAAAGAAAUAGAUUGUAGCCCACUAAAGUCAUGGGUCAUUUUUUUAGCACUCCGGUGCCCUUAUGAUGUGCGACCGGAGUAUUGGAUUGAGGAUAUGAUCCAAUGCUGCACAUAUGUGCGCAGGGGUUUCAAAAAAAAAAAAAAAAUAAUAAUAAUAAUUUUAAAAAAUUAAAAAAUAAAAAACUGGAAAAUCACAAAUUAUCAGUUCUCCCGAAUAUGAUGAUCUUUCUCUUUUCCAUGGAAGAAAACAUGCACUUUUUAGAAAUCUUUUUGAAGUUAUCAAAUGAGGCAGCGAGAAGCAAAAGGGAUGUAAGUGGAUAAUUUCAAGUUUUGAGUAAAACGUGUUUAAAGUUGCGGUGCUAGGAAGGCUUUUAUUGAAAAUUUUCGUUAUUAUGGACCCAUAUUUCUGUUAAGAUCAAGUCGCAUUUCAUUGUCAAAAUUACUGAAAAACAUAAUAUUCACUUAGAUUUGUUCUCAUUUUUUAUAAGUCAUUUGAUGAAUAUACAAAAGCUGGAGCCAAUUCAGUAACAAAUAUGAGCGAUAUUAGGUUGUGAACGUUAGGAGGGCCUUAUUUAGUGCACUCACUAAACAAUAGAGAUGGAUUAGGGAGCUGUGAGAACAUUCUAAUUCUUCAAAGGGUGCCGCAAGUAGGAAAAGUUUAAGAAUCCCUGCACCAAAUACCUCUUCUUAUAUUAUUGCAUUUAUCUUUUCUAAAUGUCAGACAUUUAAAGAGCAUAUCGUUGCCUCAGAGCAACAGUAAGAUAUCUGAGCAUUCUUUCUGGGAUUUGAUAUCUUACUGUUGCUCUGUGGCGACAAUAUGAUAAUGUUGAUAUGCAUUAGCCAAUAUUUUUAUUUUAUUGCUUUUCAUAGGAAGCUUGAAUAACCUUCCAAUGUGGCUAAGGGAAAUUGUUUUUCCUAAGUUAAUAACUUUAAAAAGACAUUAGCAUUAAUGAUUUUUCUGCAUCAUAGAGUACAGGCAAACAUUUAUUAUUUUCAUAGGAUUGAGUGGCUCUAUGGACUGUGCUGAAAUAACAAUGCAAAAUAGAACAGAUAUUUUUUUUUCUUUUUGAAAGUUAAGAAAAAGCAUUAACGCUGUAAAAAAAAAAAAAAAAAGUGCUAUGUCUGAAUUGUAGAAUUCCAGUUAGUUCUGUGAAUGAUUAAAAAUACAGUCAGACCUCGAUAUAAGGUCACCCGCUUAUAAGGUCACCCCGCAUAUAAGGUCACUUUUCUACAGUCCCGGCUCACUGAAUAGGAAUUCUAUGUCAUGUAUUAUCAGAUAUAUGGUCAGGUCAUAAUACAUUAAUCGCUUUUAAGGUCACUUUUGUCAGAUUUCUUUGAAUGAUUUCAGGGCCUAACAGAUUCACUUCCAAGAAUUCACUGUGAUAUUCGAUCCUUAAAAAGUGAAAAGUCGUUUUUCCUAUUAACGUAGCAGGUAGUGCACAGAAUGCAGUAGCAAGUGAGCAUUACAACAGUGAUACUUAAAUAUGAAGCAGUAUUGCGGGCACUCAGCGUGUACAUAUUGCACUCUUUUACCAAUCAUGAGAAGCUGAAGAAAUUUUCAGAAAAUAAUUUGAAACAAUUUUGUUUAAAUUAAAAAAAAACACACAUUAGUCCUGUAUUAAUGACAAUUUUAAGUAAGGUAAGUUGCACAUGAGUUGUUUGCUUGGGGAAAUUUGAAUGCAGCUUUACUCUAAAUAAAAGUUUUAAAAAAUAAUUUCAAAAUUUUUUAUUGAUUCCAAAAAUUUGAAUUGGUUCAAAUCAAUUUAACUAUAAUAACCUAAUUAACUGAUGGUUUUGAAAGUAUUAAAUUUUGAAAUGAUUUAAUAAAUUAUAUUUUUAUUUAUCAAUGAAUAUAUAUAUAUAAAUCGGUUAUAAGGUCAGUUUCGUGAAGUCCCGAGGGGACCUUAUAUCGAGGUCCGACUGUAUGUAUCUGAAACCCUAUGAUGAUAUAUGCAUAAAUGAUUGUGUCCACUCUUGAUAACUCAAAGCCUUAUAACUUGAAUAUUACUUGAUCUCAAAGUUGGGCCCAUAACUCUUGAGAAGGCUGUGGGAACUUUCCAUAACUUGAAUUACCAAUGCCUCGAAGUCGGUCCCUUUGGGAUUCCAGUUAUCGAGAGUCGGCUGUAGUUAGUAUUUGGUGAGUGCCCUGAAUGAGAGCAGCAAGUUUGGAUCGUUAAAUGGUGUCCUGAAUGAAACUGCUUGCUGUGCCCAGGUAUUGAUGAGUGAUAAUAAGCAGGGGAUUAUAGCCCUCUAAUGAAAAAAUUAUACUAAUAAUUUAUAUGAUAUUUUUACUAGGUGUAAGAUCCUUCAACAACACAUUUGAAAAAUCAUGUUAUUUAUUAUUUUUUGUCUAAUGUUAAUUCAAAUGUGAGG